UCUCCGGCGACGGUUGUCUUUCUCCCAGCAUGGCGGUGCUCAAUUUCCCGCCGCCAGAUCUGAGGCGAAUCGCCAGCGUUCUCCGUGCGGCCGCCGACCAAGUUGCCUAGAAGCCAGACUUUUCCGGUGGAGUUUGAUAGGUAAAGUAAUGGCGAGAAUCAGGGACAAGAACGAAGAUUUCAAAGAUGCGGUGAGGCACGCGGCCGUCUUCGUCGGAUAAGACGAGUCGAAAUUGGCAGCAAUUAUGGCGUCUUUCAUCAUUCACAAGCCCAAGCAAUCGUCGCCUUUCACCAGAGCUGCAUUGAAAACGGUACAGCUAGCUAGCUCCUUCAUUCCCACGGCGGGCCGGUGGCGACCAGCAUCGGGCUCGCGGUCGCCAGCCGUCACUCCGGCGGGCGCCACGUCUGCGUGGUACCGGAUGAGGAUUCCAGAUCGGAGUACUUGCGAGCCCUGCGUCAGGCGGCGACGGUGGCGGCGGAUGGCGGUGGGAAUUCAAUUGAUGUCCCGGCGGGCGGUGAGGUUGUGGUCGAGGAGCCGGAGGAGGUGAUGCGGGGCUGGCCGGAAUCGAUUUCCUUGUGGUGGAUUCACGGCGGAAGGACUUCGCUAGGGUUCUAAUGGUGAUUCCUGCUGCUCGAGCUACUGCUUGUGCUGUUGUGGUGAAUUUCAUGAUCCAGUCCAUGUCCUCACCUCCGUACAGGCAAAUGAAUUAGAGAGACAGGAAUUAAUUAUGUGUGAAAACAUAAUUAAU